CACCAAGCGAACACAGGGCGCAUACACACACAUUCACACACACUCACACGCAGAGCUCACCAUAUUAUCGACAGAUCCGAGUCAGGAGUACAGUCGAGGAGAGCACAUUGAAGUGACGGACUAAAAGGCUUCUUCUGUGAGAGGAAACCAGUGGGAAAACGCAGAAGGGAGAGGAAAAAAAAAAGUAACAGAGGAAAUCCCCCGAAAGGAAAUGCCAAUCGCAGCCGCUGGACAGCCACCGACUCAGGAGCCUAGAGUUUGCCCCCGGCUGCCCUCCACCCCGGAGCCUGUCCCUAAAGGGGCUGAUUUAUUCGACGAGGCGGGGGCGGCGGAGUCGGCGGAGCGAACAGAGUACGGGGGCGCGGAGGGGGGCAGAGGACUCGUGGGCUAUAGUUACAGCCAGAACGGCGCUAGGGGCUUUGUACAGCCCGGGUCCAUCAACGGCUCUCCGCCGCAGUCCCCAGCCGCGUCCUCCUCUUUUCUCUUCCACCCUUUUCACCCCCACCAAAUGGCCAUGGAGCCCCCAAGGACUCGAUCGCGUUCACGGUCUGGAUAUUACCAACAGUACGGUGGUGGGAAUGGUAACGGAAUUACCGUCAGCGGUGUCAUGGGAUCUAAUCACCACCACCAUCAGCAGCAGCAACUACAUCCACAGCAGCAGCAGCACGGUACCGGUUGCGCACCACUUGGAGCUCACGGCAACCACCCGGAGAACCAGCCGCGAGCCCCAGGAAGUAACGUCUCCCCCGGCAUCCAGAGGCUGUCUUCGGUUCCCGGAGCGCACCGCAUACCGGCGGCAGGAGCCUCCGGCGGGUCCUACCACUGCCACCCAGAUCAUGCAUAUGGAGAGGAGAGUGAUAAGAGUGAGGAAAGCCCCAGUCCAAAGCGCCAGAGGCUGUCCAGCCAGUCUGUCCUGGAACAGUUAACCUCAUCUGCCCCCCCACCAUCCACCCCAUCUCCCCCCAUCCGCCCCUGGGAGUCAGGACCCCCAAGUCGGAGACAACCUCACCCCCACACACACUACCACCAGGAGAGAUGCCUCACUCCUGCUCGGCACAGACGCAGCCCGCCAGCAAGGCGACAGCGCGGUCGACUCUCCAGACCUACCCGUCACUUGCCUCCCCAUCAACACUCCUCCACCCAGGGCCCCACACCUCGCCUGUCGCCAUCAGAGCUCCAGGAUGAAAACUACCACCGCAACCUCCAUCCCUCCACACACCCGACAUACCCAACACACACACCUAGCGCCUAUGGUCAGCCUCCCCCAGCUGGAGGGGGAGGGGCAGGUCUGGAGGACCCCCGAGCUUUUCACCCCCCCACCUUGUCCCCACGACUACUGCAUCCUGCUGCUCACCACCACCACCAUCAUCAGCAACAACAGCAUCAUGUGACGCAACAGCAGCAAGGAGCCAUGGUCAUGGACUUGCAUGAACAGCUGCAGCAGGGGAGUGUACCAGUCUCCUACACAGUGACCCCAGUGCCUCCACACGGUCUUGCAGCGCCUUUGUGUAGCGGCCAGCACCUUCCCCCUACCUGUUCCUCACAACAAGUCCCCGCCUGCAGCAUGGUCUUCAGCACUGGACAGCACUACCACCCGAUGCUACAGGCAUGUUCAAUGCAACAUUUGCCGGUGCCCUAUGCCUUUCCCUCACUGCUAUCAAGUGACCCUCAGUUCCUGCUUCCCCAUCCACCCCACCUCUCUCAUCACCCAACCCACCUCCCCACACCCGGACAGUUCCUGCCUUUCCAGACGCAACAGCCUCGAUCGCCCUUACAGAGGAUUGAAAAUGAGGUUGAGCUUCUAGGAGAGCAGCUUUCUGUGGGUGGAGGCUUUAGCUACGCCCACCAUCACCACCACCACCAUCACCACCAGCCUCACUCCACCCUGCCGCCCUCCACACCACUCCAGUUCCUCUCGCACCAUGACCCUCUGUCACAGGAGCUCUUUACAGUGCCCUAUCCUCACUUUAUGCCUCGCCGAUUCACAAGUCGGCGUUACCGCUCUCAGCAGGCUGUACCCCCGUCACCCUAUCACCCCAGCUUCCUGCCUUACUUCCUAUCCAUGCUUCCUGUACCCCCAAAUGUGGCCCCCACUAUCAGUCUAGAGCUGGAUGUGGACGAAGGAGAGGUGGAGAACUAUGAGGCCCUGUUGAACCUCGCAGAACGUCUAGGAGAGGCUAAGCCCCGUGGUCUAACUAAGGCAGAUAUAGAACAGCUUCCAUCAUACAGGUUCAACCCCAACAACCAUCAGUCUGAGCAAACACUGUGUGUGGUAUGUAUGUGUGACUUUGAGUCUCGCCAGCUCCUAAGGGUCUUGCCCUGUAAUCACGAAUUCCACGCCAAGUGUGUAGACAAGUGGCUUAAGGCUAACCGAACCUGUCCUAUCUGUCGAGCCGACGCCUCUGAGGUCCAGCGGGAUUCUGAGUGACCUCACAAAGUCCAUACCCACACAAUCCCUGACUCCCUUUUGGAUGCACCAACAAAUCAGUGAACUUCUCUACUUCUGUCAUACUCCUGCACUCACAUGUUCUGCCACAUAUCUGGGACCAGUGCUCCUUCUUUCUUCACUCUAUAUCCCCCAGGACACUUAACAGUAAUUCUCACCUGGAAUCAGCAACUUUCUACUGACUCAAGCUCACUUUGUUGCUGGACUUCCUGGGCCUUCUGUUUUGAACUACUACACCCCUACGUCUCUGCCUUCUGCUCAUGGUUCCUAUGAAUGGCCUUUGAAACACAUACAGUGUCAUGUGCAGGUGGACAUAGAUAUGUGUACUGUCUUAAACUCAUUAUGAGCCCUUCCAAACUGAUGCGACCUGUUCAGUCUUCAAGGUGAUGGACAGAGAAAGAGACUUCUUUGGAAAACGUCUGUAUAGUUGUACUAACAAACAUUUAUGGAGAAUUGGCAGUCCAACAAUUUUAUGUUAAUCUCAUUGUUAUUAUGGCUAUAAUUAAGCAUUCACAUCUUGGCUUGCAGAGGCUGUCAUUUUUACUAGAUGCAUUAUAAUUGCCGGUGGGCAGUAUCAGUCUUUUUAACUUAUGUAUGUGUGUUCUUGCAUUCCUCGGCGUGAGAGCAGUCUGUAGGGGGUAAAGGCAAAGAUACUGUACACUGUGUCAAAGAGUGAGCUACUUUGGAACAGUAAAAAAUAGACUUUGUUUUCUCUGUGGGGGUGUGUGUGAGUUCAUGUGAUAAAGUGCAUGGAUCCACCCAUUCCCCCCCAAAUCAAAUCCACAUGGAUUUAGACUCACUGGGGGCUGAAGGUAGCUUGAGACCUUUGCAGCCAAGAAUUUAGAAAACAAAGUUAAAAAAUCAUAGUGUAGGAUAAAGAACUCCUCCAGGGAAGUUGGCAAUGCUUUUUUGUCAUGUUUCUUUUUUCCCCCCUCUCUACAAGUUUGACUCCAUCACUCCAUGUUGGCCCAUCUGCACUGUUCGUAGUAAAGGCUGGAGACUUUUGAAAGACCGAUCAGGUCUAUUCAUCUUUCUGGAUAUCCACUAAGCUCUCCCCCAGGGCGCAUUAUGUGAAUACAGCUGGAUCUUACAGAUGCGACACGGUGGAUGCAAAACAUUUAUUAAAAUCAUCACCAAAACAUUCAUACAUGCUCUUACUAGCUUUCACAUGGGAAUGAGGCCUGUGAAAACGUGUCUAUAACUGUGUAUCUGUCUUGGUACCCAAGCAGCUUUCUGUAAGUGUUGGUAAAUACAGAUGCAACAUUUUCUCUAUCAUGGACAAGGAACAAGUUUGAAGAGAUUUAAAAGUCUGCAACUAAAUUUACUGUUUCACCAGACGAUGGGUUUGACACUUGAGCACUUUAAUAUGUAGAUUUAAGACCUACACACUUUUCAUUCUGAACAAACCACUGAUGUAAGAACAAACGUUUGAAUGCAUUAAAAACAUGCAUGUUCUCUACAUCAAUUUCCUGUACCUACAGUUUCCCAAAUAUCAGUUUCUUUUAUAUUCUUCUCACUGCACAUCUGUGUAUGCCCAGAGGUUUUGGGGCUAUGUUUCUUAAUAAUACUUGAUCUCUGUAAGGCCUGUGACAGCAUGCAAUGGUGGAACUUGGAUGUUUCAUGGACAAAAUAGGUAUUCUAAUGUAAUUUAUCACUAUUUAUCACAAUUGGUGUUUUGUGCUGAGAUGGCAGCCUGUCAUAGGCCUUAUAGAGAUUGUCUGGAUAGACGUUUGGCUUGGAAAGUCCAGCCAGGCACCUGCAGUGUCUUACAUCUGAGAUUCUUUUUCUAAAGCUUCAUUUUCUCCAGGUACAGCUUGUGUUCAUCUAGUGUCAUCAGACCAAUACAUUUGUUCAAACCUGAGUUUUGAUUUCCAGUAAAUGCAAACCAGUGUCCAGGAGGAAGAUCAUUUUACAACUCUUCUUCAGUGUAUAACGUUUUGUAAUAUCCAUGGCAAUGGAGGGAAAUCACAUUUUGUCAUCUUUUUUUUUUCUUUAGGAUCAAAGGUUAUCUGUGACUGUAUGCAUCCAUGUUUGUGUCUUAGGAUUGUUUUGUUUUUUUGCUUGGUACACUAGCAAUUACCUCAGUCCCACUAUUUAUGUCUUUCAGAAAAUGGCACAACCAGUAUGAUUAGUGCUUAUCAAUUCAUUUUGUUAAUCUUUUCCAUGCAAGUUGUUGGGUUGUUUGAAUAUUGUCCUCUUCCUAACUCUAUGAAGCUGUCAUUAAAAUGGUGUCAUAGUAGUUUCAUUAUGUAUAUCUGUAACCAAAAUCAUUUGAAGGCCUGUUAUUAUGAUGAUGAAAUUUUUAACAUUUGUACAUUUUGUAUGAGAGUUAUUACUAGUAUUACUUAAGUAGUGCAAUGAUUUUUUUAAAUCCCUUACCCCUGGUUCAAUAAUAAAUGUAUAACAUCCUCUUCUA